AUGCCUCUGAAGAAUGUGGUAUCCUGGAACACGCUGAUUUGUGGGGUAGUCGAGGGUAACUGUAAAUUUGCAUUGGUUCGUUUAGGGUUUCAUUAUUUUAGGCAGAUGGUCUUGGAAAUGAUGGCUCCAAAUUGCAUAACCCUUAAUGGUCUACUACGUGCUUCUAUUGAGCUGAAUGAUGUUGGGAUAUGCAGACAGUUGCAUUGUUUUAUAUUGAAAUCAGGGUUUGAUUCAAAUUGUUUUGUGGGUAGUGCUCUUGUUGAUUCAUAUGCAAAAUUUGGUCUAGUUGAUGAAGCUCAGUCUGCUUUUGAUGAAGUUUCGAGUAGAGAUUUGGUUUUGUGGAAUGUGAUGGUGUCUUGUUAUGCUCUGAAUGGUGUGCAAGGAAAGGCUUUUGGGGUCUUCAAAUUGAUGCGGUUGGAGGGUGUCAAGGGGGAUAAUUUCACCUUCACUAGUAUGAUCAAUUCAUGUGGUGUUUUGGGAUCUUGUGGAUUGGGGAAGCAGGUUCAUGGCCUUAUUAUUAGACUAUCUUUUGAUUUAGAUGUAUUGGUAGCUAGUGCUCUUGUUGAUAUGUACUCAAAGAAUGAAAAUAUAGAAGAUGCCCGAAAAGCCUUUGAUGGGAUGAUCGUUAAAAACGUUGUGUCAUGGACCACCAUGAUCGUGGGGUAUGGACAGCAUGGAGAUGGGAAGGAGGCUAUGAGGCUUCUUCAAGAAAUGAUUCGAGUAUAUACUUACCCUGAUGAGUUAGCCUUGGCUAGUAUCCUUAGCUCAUGUGGAAACUUAUCAGCAACUAGUGAAGUUGUUCAAGUUCAUGCUUAUGUUGUAGAAAAUGGGUUUGAAGCUUUUUUAUCCAUUGCAAAUGCUCUAAUAAGUGCAUAUUCCAAGUGUGGCAGCAUUGGCAGUGCGUCCCAAUUCUUUAGCUCAGUUGCAGAGCCUGAUAUCAUUUCAUGGACUUCAUUGAUGGGUGCUUAUGCCUUCCAUGGUCUUUCAAAAGAAGGUGUAGAAGUUUUUGAGAAGAUGUUAUUUAGUAAUGUGAGGCCAGAUAAAGUUGCCUUUCUUGGAGUCCUUUCUGCCUGUGCCCAUGGGGGCUUUGUUCUUGAGGGGCUUCAUUACUUCAAUCUAAUGAUCAAUGUAUAUCAAAUUAUGCCCGAUUCGGAGCAUUACACUUGCAUUAUCGAUCUUCUUGGGCGUGCUGGUUUUUUGGAUGAAGCUAUCAAUCUUUUGACCUCAAUGCCAGUUGAGCCCAGAUCGGACACCUUGGGAGCAUUCCUUGGGGCAUGUAAAGUACACAGAAAUGUGGGGUUAGCAAGAUGGGCAUCAGAAAAGCUUUUUGUAAUGGAGCCAAAUGAACCUGCGAAUUAUAGCCUUAUGUCUAACAUGUACGCUUCUGUUGGGCAUUGGUUUGAUGUUGCCAGGGUUCGGAAACUGAUGAGGGAGAGGUGUGAUUUUAAAGUACCAGGUUGUAGCUGGAUGGAGAUUGCUGGUGAGGUUCAUACUUUUGUGUCGAGGGAUAAGACCCACCCGCGAGCUGUACAGGUUUACGGUAUGUUAGAUUUGUUGGUUAGGUUCAUGAAGGAGGAAGAUGAUGUUUCUGAUAUGGGGGUUCCAGUUGAAAGUUUUGGGAUUUAA